UACAUCUCUACCCCAACCACUUUAUUCCCUUUCACUAUCUUCCCCAAUUUCAAAUGAUCAGAUUACAGAUUCUUCAUUUUCCUCUUUACCUUCUCCAAUUUUUGAUUAGGGUUUCACAUUACAGAGAGAAAUGGGUCAGAUCCAAUACUCUGAGAAAUACUUCGAUGACACUUUCGAAUACAGGCACGUUGUUCUUCCCCCUGAAGUCGCUAAGCUUCUUCCAAAGAAUCGUCUUCUCUCCGAAAACGAAUGGCGAGCGAUAGGAGUGCAGCAAAGCCGUGGAUGGGUACAUUACGCGAUUCAUAGGCCUGAGCCGCAUAUAAUGCUAUUCAGGAGGCCUCUUAACUACCAGCAGCAGCAGGAGAAUCAGGCUCAAAACAUGCUCGUUAAGUGAAUCGUCGAGUGCGUGUUUACAGUAAGUAAGAAUAUUAUGCAACAAUUCUAUGAAUAUCGAUUUAUGUUUCUUGUAAACAUGGUUUGAACCUUUGUGGUCAUGGAUGAAUAUGUGACUUGGUGGUGGAACAACUUCUAUGUUAUGUUAGUCUGGUUCUAGUGGCAUCUCCUGCUUCUCUGCUUUGUAUUUACUUAUUUCUCACACAUUUCAUGGUUGUUUACUCUUAUCCAAACAUGUGUUUGGUUUUAGAUAUUUUGUUAAAUGGUCACUGGAUAGUCAUGA